AAAUGGUCAUCGCAGGAUCAUUAUUCUGAUAUCAUUCAGUGCUUAUUGAGACAGCAACCAACGCUAACGUCAAGAGUUGAUUUGAGUUAACAGAACCAAUAUUUCAACAUUCACAUUUAAAAACAUAACCCAAGUUUAUUAUUGAUCCGUCAUGUUUAACGUGUGAAUUAAUUUCAUCCAUUUCUCAGCGAUACCAAUUCGCUUCUUGAUAAUACUCCUUCUAACAUCACAAUUCUAUUGAGCGUCAAAGACCGUUUGGAUCAUCUUCUUCAGCUUUGAACACAUUGACAUCGUGUGAAAAUAUCGACGACUUUCAUUUCAAGUAUCAUCGACGCCCACUUCAAGCACCAUGCCCGAUUCGAAUUCGUCAACGAUGAAGUCGAUGGUAGAGAACAAGAUAAUGAUUAAGAACGUCGAUAUGGCGGGCGGCAUGCAGCAAGAGGCUACUGACUGUGCCACCCUCGCCUUUCAGAAGUUCACCGUCGAGAAGGACAUCGCUGCUCACAUCAAGAAGGAAUUCGACAAGAAGUAUAACCCAACCUGGCAUUGCAUCGUCGGCCGCAACUUCGGCAGCUACGUGACGCACGAGACUAAACAUUUCAUCUAUUUUUACGUGAAUAAAGUGGCUGUGCUUCUUUUUAAAUCGGGAUAAAAUGCAUAACACGAUAUACAUAAAUUAAUUUCCAUGUUUUUUCUUGCCAUUGGUAUUAAGAAUUGGUGGGGUGGUGCUUAUUACUCGCACACAUAAUCAUAGUCGUAAAUCUUUUAGUAAAUAUUUCUUAUACGCAAUGUUCUGUGUAACGCCUAAUUACAUGUACCAAAUUCUUCUUUCCCAUUAAAAACUCAAGAAACCUUACAGGUAAAUUCGUGUAUAUAUUUCUU